AUGUCCCGCAGCCGUCGUACAGCCGUGCCAAGAGAGACUUCAUCAUGGUUUAUCCCUCCGCAGACAUUAUGUCUCAGAGAAGGCGAGACGAAUGAAUCAGAUUGGGAUCAAACACAGAACUACAGCUUGCAAUACAUGCGGCUCUUAACAUCAUCUUGCUAA